AUGCGUCCCUCAAUUGUUUGGCAGAACCUUUCUGGGAUCCUCCCGACUCGAACCUUAAAUAUCGCCAGCGCAGUCCGACACAACACCCGAAGCUUCGCUCUCAGCUGCCCGCUUUCCCAUACUCGUUUAGAACAAACGAGACCUCGCGCCGACUUACUGAAGAUCUUUGAGCGGAUACAAUGGCCGCAAACCCGUCAAGAGGAGGAGGAGGUGCUGGAAGGCGUCAGAAGCGCGAUAUGGGACGAGCCGAGUGGGCGCAUAGAUAAGAGAGAGCGCCAGACACAACAGAUGGAGGCUAAGCGUCGCCGAAUUGAGAAUGGCGAAGAGAUUACCCUGCCCAUCUACGCGACUGAGUUCACCAAGGAGGAGAUUGAUAGCGAGGAGCGACGCCCCAAGAAGAAGGUUGCCGUGCUGAUUGGAUACUCGGGAACUGGAUACUCGGGCAUGCAGCUGAACGAGAACCAGCGCACCAUCGAAGGUGACCUAUUCGCUGCCUUCGUUAAGGCCGGCGCAAUCUCAAAAGCCAAUGCGGCCGAUCCUAAGAAGUCUUCCUUCGUCCGCUGUGCGCGCACAGAUAAGGGAGUUCACGCUGCCGGAAAUGUCGUUUCUCUGAAGAUGAUUGUCGAGGAAGAGGACAUCAUGGAGCGGAUCAACGAGCACCUCAGCCCCCAGAUUCGCGUUUGGGGCUACGAAGUCACAGCUAAAAGCUUCAGCUGCUACCAGAUGUGUGAUUCCCGUGUUUACGAAUACCUGAUGCCGAGUCACUGUCUCCUGCCUCCUCAUCCCAGCACCUACCUCGGCCAAAAGAUCACCGAGCUUGCUGAGAAAGCUGGCGACCUUGACGAUGUCAAGGCCCGACAGGAGGACGUCACCGGCUACUGGGAAGAGGUGGAUGAGAAGUACAUCAAACCCAUCCUGGCAAACGUGCCCGAGGAUGUCCGCCAAAUCGUCGAAAAGUCACUCUACAUCGACGACUCCCGUGAAGCACUGCAAGCCACCGAGGAAACCAAGGAACCCCUGGAAGCAACCACAGAGUCUACCGAAAAGCCCACUGAGCAAUUCACAGAAGAGCCAAAAGAAAAGAAACCCUUCGUGAUGGACGAACGCCAAAGACUCAUCAUCGACACUGUCAAAGCUGUAAAGGCUGCCUAUCUAACAGCCCGCCGAGCCUACCGCGCCCCAGCCUCGCGCAUCGCCCGCCUGCAAGAUGCACUCACCCAGUACGUUGGCACAAAGAACUUCCACAACUACACGAUCCAAAAGGCACACAGCGAUCCCUCCGCCAAACGCCACAUCAAGAGCUUCGACGUGAACACCUCGCCUAUUAUCAUCGACGGUACGGAAUGGCUCAGCCUAAAGGUCCACGGCCAAAGUUUCAUGAUGCACCAAAUCCGCAAGAUGGUCGCAAUGGCCACUUUGAUUGUGCGUGCUGGAUGUACCCCCGAUCGUAUCGCUGAAACAUACGGCCCAGACCGUAUUGCUAUUCCCAAGGCACCGGGUCUAGGUCUCUUGCUUGAGCGACCUAUCUUCGGUGCUUACAAUGCCAAGGCUAAGGCCCUUGAGCGUGAGCCCAUCCAUUUCGAUAAGUAUUCCAAGGAGAUGGAUGAGUUUAAGCAGCGGGAGAUUUAUGAUCGCAUUUUCAGGGAGGAGCAGGAGAGUGCUGGAUUUGGUUCUUUCUUCAACCAUAUCGAUCACUACCCCGCUGAUUAUUUCCUCUAUGUCACAUCUGGUGGUAUUGCCGCCUCUAAGCUCGCCACUGCACCCGCUGCAUCCGGGUCUAAGGGUAACACCAAGGCCCAGAAGGAGGCACUCGCUGCUGUGGAGGGUCUAUCAGAAGACGAGGCUGCUCCUGCUAAAGGAGAGGAAGAGGGAUAG